AUGGGCCCACCCGUCUCCAUCGGAAAUAAUAUUCCUCCCGGCCCACCCGUCAACAUCGGGUCGGGUGACCCGUAUAAUACGGGAUUUGUCACUGAAGGGGCUCCCAGGCACACGUCAUCGCCAUCUCCUGUAUCACCUACAACUACCAAUACCUUUCAGCAUAUAAUUCCAGACUGCACCAUUGAUCCUGCACUUCUUGCUAUUUCUGUUCCACCAUCAGUCACAUACGAUGCAUCUUCCCCGGUUCCCGCACUCGUUCAUUCUCCGAUCACAUCUACCGAAUCGUCUGAUGGGGCUCUCACCCCACCUGCAUAUAAUGACCAAGGGAAGAGUACUGGGCCUUAUGGCCUGGCAAGAGUUGCCGUUGGGACUGCUGCAUUAUUUUGCGGGUUGUUUGGGAUUGUUCGGAGUCCCAACCGUUUAGCAGACAACUUAUUGUAUGAGGAGGCAACUCUGGCUUUCGCCGGAAUUCUGUUAGAUGGGGAGGCGCUCACUUUGUCCUUGACUGGAGAGAGUAUUGGGCCUCAUGGCUUGGAAAGAGUUGCCAUUGCCAUUGGGGCUAUUGCUGUUGCUGUAUUUACUUCCUCCUCUCUUGGAGGGCUUCUUUCUGUUGCUUUCAACCUUCUAGCAUGCUGA